AUGGCCGUCGCUCUUCCCAGGCGAUUCUAUUCGCUGCUCUGGGUCGCAGUCCUACUUGCGCUCGUCGUCUUCUUUGUCUUCCUCCGCGAAGAUACCUGGUCAUCCAUUCCUCGACCUCCCAGCGGCUGGAAGAUCCCAUUCACCACCGACGAUGGCGUUCUCUCCUCUUGGAUGGGCAACAACAAGAAGGCUCCCGCCAAGGAUCCCAAUGAGCCUCUGCGCAUCGUGCUCACCGAGUCCUCCGGUACCCACGACGAAGUCGCCGCUGCCCUGAUGCACGCUUUCGGUGGCCAGGAAGGCUCCCAGCUCGAUGUCUUCUUCGCCAACCAGCGAUUCCGAAUGCAGGAUAUCAUGGGCAACUUCAGCCUCCCCGCCAACAUCACCGUCAACAAGUGGGACAAGUUUGCCAGCUUUGUCGAGGAGAACCCACCUCACAUCCUCGUCUCCACCACCUGCGAGUUUGAUCUCGACCGUGGUGCCGAGCCUAUCGUCAAGCUCCUCAAGACCGCCAGCACUCACCUCUUCUGCACCAUUCACCACGCCGAUCGAUGGGCCCAGGGCAAGUACGUCCAGGCUGUCCGAAGCUUUGUUGAGCACCAGCGCGUCGACUUUGUCGGUCUGAGCCAGCACACUGUUGACUUCUUCCUUAACGACACCACUCCCAAGUGGCACUCGGCUGCCAACGUCACCACCCGAGUUAUUCCCCCGGUCUUCCCCGUCCAGAUCCCCGACCCUGAUCUUCAGCCUGGUAUCUCUCUGUCUCUCCAGGGUGAUUACUCUUCCGGCCGACGUGACUACAACGGUAUCUUCAACCACCUCGGCAGCGUCGUUCGCAAGGCUGGCGAGGAGGCCGAGGGCCACAGCCCCAAGAACGUCAGCCUUCAUGUUAUCGGACACGGUACUCCUCCUGAGGUUCCCGACCACGUCAAGGAUCACGUCUACUUCGACCAGGGUCUAUCAUACCCCGACUUCUACACUCUACUGUCCAAGUCAUUCGCCCUCCUCCCUGCUUUCGCCUCCGACACAUACUUCGACCGCAAGGCUUCUUCAACUAUUCCCGCAUCUCUGAUCGCCGGUGCCCCCAUCGUUGCGACAGAGGAGCUUCUCAAGGCUUACUCCUACAUGCCUCGCGAGGCUACCUGGGUUGCCCGACCCGGUGAGGGCGAGAUGGACGUUAUCGAGCGAGUAAUUGAUGACCGAGAAGGCUUCACUAAGCGAAGACAAGCCGUGAGGGAUCUGACAAAGAAGCUCCUCGAUGAUAACCACGCCAACACCAAGGCCUGGAUCGAGGAGGCCUUCGAGAGAUACAAGAACAACUAA